UGAGAGGCGGUGCGUAAACAGAGUAGGCGAAGAUGGCGUCGAACAAGAAGAGUGGUGGGAGUAGCAGAUUUGAGAAAGGUGUGAAUGGGAGACGCUCGUCCAAACACAAAGAGGGUCCAGUGGUGAUGGACACCAAGGCCGUGUUCGUGGCCCUGUACAGCGUGUGCGAAGAGAACGCCACCUUCUUCUCAGGAGGAGCCAAGGGGUCGCAGGGUGAUGCGGCAGGGCGGCUGGUGGAGACCAUGAAGCUGAUCCAGGAGCACGCUCGCAGCCUGGAGCCCGUUAUCUCCGGCUUCGCUACUGUUUACCAUCAUUUUGACUUUGACCCACACAUACCUGCCAAUGGCUAUCGCUCACUGGUCAAGGUCGUGCGCUGCUGCCUUCUCCACAUCAUCCAGAAGGGGCGCUACAUCACCGCCAACCGCCGCAGCAUCUUCUUUCGAGUAGCACACAAUGCGGGGGAGAUGGAGGCCUACUGCAACGCUCUGUGCCAGCUGCGCGCCCUGCUCUACCUGGCUCAGCGCAUGCUACAUGACAACAGCCACGGAAACCUCUUCUUCCAGGAUGAAAGUGGCCUCAGCGAGAGCUUCGUCCGUGAAUACGCAUCCAUGCACAAGGGGUGCUUCUAUGGCCGUUGCCUUGGCUUUCAGUUCAGUCCAGCCAUCCGACCGUGUCUCCAGACCAUCGCUAUUGGCCUCGUGGCUUUUGGAGAAAACUACAAACGCCAUCAGUCAGGAAUAGUGGAAGCAGGAGGUAUUGCACCAUAUGGUGUAGCAGCCAGCUCUUUCUUUACCUCGGGGAAGUACGCCAUCGACCCAGAGUUGAGAGGAGCAGAAUUUGAGCGCAUCACCCAGAACCUGGACGUCCAUUUCUGGAAGAGCUUCUGGAACAUCACUGAGACCGAAGUCCUGUCGAGUCUUGCGAGUAUGACAUCAACUCAAGUUAAGGUGAACCGGGCUCUUUCUGUGCCCCCCGUGCCCUUUGACCUUCCCCUGGCGGCCAACCACAGAGCUUCUGUAACUAUAGCUCCACCAUCUGCACACAUCGGCACGGCUCCAGUUCAGAUGAGGCUGAUCUCUUAUGACUUACGUGACGGACAGGACAGCGAGGCGCUGCUAUCUCUCGCCCGUUCUGAGGGGGGCUCCAUCUCUUUGUCGCUGGGGCUGAAGACCAAGCGCCUCCCCGCGUCUCCCUGCCUCCUCCUCCACUUGCAUGGAGGAGGAUUUGUUGCGCAGACCUCCAAAUCCCAUGAGCCCUAUCUGAAGAGCUGGUCCCAGGAUCUUGGUGUCCCCAUCCUGUCGGUCGACUACUCUCUGGCCCCUGAGGCCCCCUUCCCAAGGGCCCUGGAGGAGUGUUUCUACGCCUACUGCUGGGCUCUGAAAAACCACCACCUACUAGGCUGGACCGGAGAGAAAGUGUGUCUGGCCGGUGACAGUGCAGGAGGCAACUUGUGUGUGACGACGUCCUUGCGCGCUGCUGCCUUUGGCGUGCGAAUACCAGAUGGCCUCGUGGCAGUCUACCCGGCCACCCUGCUGACCGCCUACGCAUCGCCCUCCCGUCUGCUAUCACUUAUGGAUCCCCUGCUGCCGCUCAGUGUGCUCUCCAGGUGCCUCAACGCCUAUGCAGGCUGUGAGCCAGAGACGGAGACGCAGGUAGAGAAAGCGAGCACGCUGAGCCUGGUGAGGAGAGAUACGGCUCUGCUGCUCAGAGAUUUCCGACAGGGAGCCUCCAACUGGAUCCACUCUCUGCUGGAUCCCAACAGGGCCGCCGCCGCCUCCCCCAGCACAGCUGCAGAAGAGGCGCCACCAAGAGCCACCGACACUGUGAGGAAGAGCAUUUCAGAGGCGUCUAUCUCUUCUCCUCACGCCGACCCCCCUGUAGCCUCGGACACCUCCGACUUCCUCCACAGAAAGUUAUCUGUGAAGAGCCAGACUUGCCUGGAUUUGGGAUCCCACAACAAUUGCACGUCUCACAGUGCACCGCUUCUCUCCGAGCGCACUGCCCCAGAAGACAGGAAUUUCUUCUUUUGCAAGGACGUAGAUCCCUCCAUGUCCAGCGACCUGUCUACAGUGGCCAUACCACCCCCUGCUGGAGAGGAGGGAUCAGAGCUGGAGCACCCUCGAGAGUUUCCCCUGGGGUUUGAGCCCCUGCGCUCAGAGCAGAUGUCUAAUAUGAAGGUGGAGAACUCGCCAGUGGUCAAGGAUCCGUUCUGCUCUCCUCUGCUGGCUCCUGAUAGCAUGCUGAAAGGGCUGCCACCUGUACACAUAGUGGCUUGUGCGUUAGACCCCAUGCUGGAUGACUCUGUGAUGUUUGCCAAGCGUUUGAGGAACAUAGACCAGCCCGUCACUCUGUGCGUGGUGGACGACCUCCCCCAUGGCUUCCUCAGCCUAUCGCAGCUCUGCAGGGAGACGAAGGAGGCAGCCAACGUCUGCGUGGAGAGAAUUCGGGCUGUCUUCACCCAGAAGGACACACCCCCGGAGCCACGCAAGCACCGCAAGCUGGAACGGACCGAUCGGGGUGUGUCGGCCUCUUCUGGGGAAGCCGGUUCUCUCUCAGUCGGCCCCUUUGAGGAUGGGGAGCUGGCUGUUGGGAGAGGGACUAAACUUGCUGAUGGGGAUAGCGUAGUUGCUGUGGCAGCCCAGAAUAAAACUGACGCUGUUGGUGUUGAGCCUUAAAUAAGGUUAGAUUAAGGACUGCAGUUCACCCUGGUAGUGAAGAGAGAGAGAGUAAAUGAAAGUCAGACACAUUUAGGCAGAGCAAUGCCUAACGGGGAGGGAGAAAGCGUCCUACAAAAACAGAAAGGGGGAGAGGAGGCAGUCGAGGCGAUGGAGACAAAAAAAUAGAGGAGCACUAAAAUACAACUUCCUCUGCUUUGCAAUCGUUGCCACUUGUUGUGCACCGUUAUGCACAAAGCAAAGCUGGCAGACAAAAUGAAAACACUCACGAAAGACGGUGAUGUCUUUGAAACAAAAACAAAUAAUUUACCAGCUACUUAGAUCAAAGACCAGCACUCACAUAUGCAACACACAUACUUAGCUAAGUUGCUGUUAGCCAGCGAAGGCUCGCACAUAAAGCAGCACAGAAGAUACUUAAGACAAAGCCCGAAUGGGUGAUUCAUCUCAGCCGAGGCACUCAUUUCAGGCCCUAAUCAAAUAGUGGUCGACACACUAUCUGCGUCUGUAUGGAGUCAUCCCAUCAAAAUGGCCACUUGUCCUUUAGGGAGCCACUCUAAAUCACACUUAAUAACUCCACAUUGUGUUCUCCAUUGUUUGGCAGUCAAUACAGGUCACUUUGUGGGUAGUAACUCUGUUGUUUUAGGGUUGUAAUUAUAUUUGGGAGAGUCAACAGAAGUUGAUUUACUUGUUUCUUGAGAUUCUGCUGCACUCUCAUAUUAUUAACCCUGUGCAGCAGUUUUACUUUUGUUCUUCAUCAUUUGUUUUUCUAUUGCUGUACUUUUUAAUCCUUGAAUCAUUUAGUUUAGUUUGUUGAUUUGUACACCAUUCUGUCUGUUUCAUGUAAUCUUAUGCUGUUUAUUCCACAUGUUUGAAUGUGCUCAGUAUUUACCUCUGCGUCUUUGGCACAGCUGCUACGACAUCCCUCGCCUUUCAAUUAAACUCUAUCCUCAGUAAUGUAUUCUGAUAGGAUAAAGUAAGAAUAUUACACAAGGACACAGUGUCCUCUCGAGAUGCUGCCUGCUGCUUUUUGCAGGGCUGAUAUUAUUAUUACUGCGUUUUAUUAAUCGCUACAGUGACAUUUGUGGAGAUGCACUGAGAUUAUUUUGCGAAAACAAGAAUUUGGGUCCCUCGAGUCUUUUAGGAACAAUCAUAGCUCUCAGAUGUCUGAAAGCGGCAAAAAAAAAAGGUUUAAAUUGUUAUUCUUUCAAGACUGGAAACGGCUGCUCAACAUUCUCCUUCUGCAGAACUUGAGUAAGAGAGAAAGGGGCAGCCAAAAGCCCUCAGCUAUCAAUACACAUUUUAAACUCCACUGCACUGAUUUCCUCUCAGGUUGCCCUCGUUCCUCGCCGGCCGUUAUUUCUCACUACUUCUCUUGCACAGUACGCAGCGUGUCAAAGUACCCUUUCUCUCGAGUCGGGGAAUUUCCUGCCUGACAAUCUGUUUCUACAAAUCGGAAAGCUUUUCGAAAAAACACUUGAGGACCCUGGCCUCGGAGUGCUGUGUAACAACCCACUGAACUUGUGUUUGGCUGCUGGGCCAGGUGUUUUUUGCGCCCCACUAUCACAUUUGGGGUUGACUUUGUUUUCACAAACCUGAGUGCACUCCUGAACGUGUUGCCACCGAAGCACUUUGAAGUGCACAAGAAUGUCUUUGGGAGGGUCCGUCCCUCUAUUAGGUCCAACUGAAUAUAGAUGCCAACAAUGCUGGCACUGUCCUGCCCUUGCCUGGUAACAGGGUUAGGGUUGCCAGGUCUGUGGAGAAGGAUGCUGUGUGAUGAAUAGGAUUUAGCUGAAGCUCCGAGUGCAAAAAUCCUCCUCCCCCGUAGAAGAGCAGGAUUCUCAGCCGCAAAGUCAUGCUACAGGAUUAGACCGCGCUCGGAUCUGUCAGCUCGGAGUACUUACUGCAAUAUUUUUAGUCAGAUUGAUGGAGAGAACCGGGGCCACAAAGAGGAAGAAAGUAAUGCAGUCGUCUGAGAUACAGGGCUGAAGUUUGUACUUGCUUUAUUAGUCUGUUUAAUGCCCACUCUGCACUUUUGCAAUAGUUUGUAGAUCCGUGCUCGUGUAUUUUAACAUGUCACCGUUUUAUGUUCUUUGCUCGGUGCCUCUACGCGUGGCUCAGGUGGAGUCUACAUGUACACAUUCACAUGAUCACACCAGUGUGUGUGUGUGUGUGUGUGUGUGUGUGUGUGUAGAGAGAGAAACAUGAGGUCACACGUGAGCGCGUCCUCUUUUGUGUGUCUUGUGUUCACAUUAAGAAACAAAUGGCACUUUACUAAUAGUCAAGAGACUAUUCACAGUAUUAAUCAUCUGUCGCUGAGACCGAGAGCAACCUCAAGCCACUAUGGGUCAACUUUUUUUUGUCUGUGAUAUACUGUACAUCGACUUGACUUCAUCAAUCCUGAAAACACCAUCGCCUACGAAGCCCAGCAGGGUCGAGUGGCCAUUAGCACUUUGUUGUAUAAAGUAUGUGAGCUACUAGAAAACCUUUUUUAAAAGUGUGUCAAAUUCACCCAUUUGCUGUUUAUUGACCUCCGUAUGCCUCUUACCCUUGAUGACCACUCGUGCACCAGGCUAACCUGCCUGCAGGUGACGCAUCAGACGGCCCACCUGGUGUUGUGGACUAAUACAGUUUGCAGUGUUACCUUUUCUUUCUAGUUUUCCCAAUUCCUGGCCUUCGUCGUGGUUCUGCCGACGCUCGUACGCUUUCUGCAGCUUAGAGCGGAAAUGUUUGAUCCUGUAUUGUUUUCAAUUAGUGCUGCUGCGUCAUAGUGUCUAAUCGAUGAUCCGCAGACCAACUUUAUAAUCACAAAUUGUCCCUGUGAGUACACACUAGCUUGUAGUAGUUCAGUGUAAAGCUGCUUGUUUAGUUUUGUUUGAUAAUCAGGUUGUACAACCUACCUCCAGUUUUACUCUUUAAAAGAUUUUCUUUGCUCCUGGCUGGUUUUUUUGUUGACGUGCGAUGCUACGUUGCUACGUUGCUACAAACAUGAGCUAGCUGCUUCCACAACAUGUACAGUAAAAGCUAUGCAGUCAUCACAUCAUCUUUUCACAGUCUGUCUGUCAGAAAUGCUGUGAUGCCGUUUAUUGUCGUGCAAUGCAUUUGAAACUCCUCAAGGUUGGAUUGCAUCGUUAGCGUACCAACCUGCACACAUAACACUUGUUUGUCAAACUUCAUUCUUUCACAAAUGCAUUAAUGCGCUGAUGCGACUGACCUCAACCACUCCGAAAUGUUUCCUAAUGAGUAAUACUAAUGAGAUCAAUCGGUUAGAUAUACUAAAUGUAUUUCUAUAGUUUAGAAACUGAACCAAAGACUGAGUCUUGUAACAGAUGUGCUGUUUUGCCAUUUAGUGUUUGCUGUUAAUGAAAAUGCAGGUGCUAGUCGGUGCCAUAACCUGCGCUCCAUAUGCAAAUUGCUCUGCACUGUGAAAUGUAAUUCUGAUGUAGAUUAUAUUAGAUUAUAUUUAGCCUUUAAAAAAAAACAAGCCAUAGACUGGAAACAAAGCAAUUUUAAGUUUACUUGUUUUAAACUUUUUUUAUUUAAUUUUAUUCAAAACACCACAAGUGCAAACCUGUGAAUAAAAAAAAUGUAUAUUAAAAAUGUUAGGAAUCAUCUAAAUAUUUUUACUUUGAGAUUUGUUGAUCAGAUUGAUUCUUUGCAGGUUUCAUACGACGAGGUUGUGUCUGAUGUGCCGCGAGUAGGCUGGUUUCUUCUUCUGUUGAUUUUUAUCUAAAUAAAUAUAUUCUCCCAUGAAA